AUGCUGAAGCUAUUAAGAUGCAGGAACCACAACAGUCUUCAAAAGUGGAGAAAUGUAAAAUUGAGGAGAGUUUGCACUGAAGGGUGUACUGUUGUUGCUGAUGUUGUUGUGAAUCCCCCAGGGCAUGUCAAUGUAGAUGACAAAUUUUACAAUUUCUUUGUCCACUGGGGUGAAUUUUUGGCAGCAGUUGCAACAGAGGAGGUGAUUUCAGAAGAAUUGCAAGAAGCAAUUGAGAUUAGUUCAUCAUCUGAUGAUUCAAUUGAGGUGGCCUCAAAUGAAGUGGACUCAAUUGAGGUGGACUCAAAUGAGGUUGAAGAGGACUUUGAUUAUUUCAAUCCUCCAGAGAUGGAGGAUUAUAUGGCCUGGGCAGAGGACUUGUCAGAAGGUGAAGGCAGUGAUAGCCAUCAAGCAUCUGAUCUCACCAAGGAACAGGAACCUCCAAAGGAAUCUGAUGCUCAUGCAGAGCCAGAUGCUCCUAAGUCCCCUGAGGUUGUGCUCACUGGAUUCAAUGAAGUUGCAGAGCCAGAUGCACCUAAUUCCCCUGAGGUUGUGGUCACUGGAGUUAAUGAAGUUGCAGAAGAAACUCCAAGGUCUAAGAGAUUGAGACUUAGGAGGAUGAGGAAAGCUCCAUCCCAACCCCAAACAGAACCACAGCCCCAAUCACAACCCCAAACACAAGAACCUACUACCCCCCCUGUUGCAGAUGCUGCUCAUGACACUUUGCCUGAAACACAGCCUGACCCAAACACUGAUUUUGAGAUGGAUUAUCUUUCUCAACCCCUGCCUGAAACACAGCCCCAAACCCAACCCCAAACACAAACCCAAACAGAACCACAGACCCAAACCCAACCCCAAACAGAACCACAGCCCCAAUCAUUGCCCCAAUCCCAACCCCAAACAGAACCACAACCCCAAAGACAAACAACUGAUGCUGACUUUGAAUUUAUAGAAGAAGAGUUCAAUCCAGCCACACAAGGGGAAGUGGAAAGGGAACAUGUUGGGACAUCAGAUCCAAACAGAUGGUGGAACCAGGCAAGUGAGAAUCCUGUUGGCAAUGAUGAUGGCAAUGAUGGGUUAGAUUCAGGAGAUGAACUACACAGUGUUCACAGUGAUGAUGAAGAAGGUGAUCAUACCUCGAGGUUGGAGUUCAAUCCCCAAACCAAGAAAGAUGACUUCAAGUUUGAGUUGAACAUGGAGUUUGAGCUAAGUUCAGAGCUAAGUGCAGUGCAGAGGGGUGCCCAUGGGUUCUACAUGCACAUGUCCAACCAGAUGGAAUGA